UGCAAGGAUGGCACAUAAUGGAAGGCUUCUUAUGGAAAGUUCUCGGGAAAUUUUUGAAAAAUACCAUAUAGAUGAAGAGGUGGGCUUCGCUCUGCCAAAUCCACUGGAGGAGCUACCUCCGCCUUAUGAUGAAUGGAUUUCCAUCGCUAAAAAUCUGCCUGAACUGAUUGACAAAAAUGAGCUACGUAAAAAAGUUGACCAGUUAAAAAUUCACAGUAUUGAUGCCCUCAGAGAUCACAAGUCGCAGCGCCUUGCACAUCUGGCCCUGGGGUAUAUCACCAUGGCAUACGUGUGGAAUCAAGGUGAUGGAGAUGUUCGAAAGGUCCUGCCAGAGAAUAUUGCUGUUCCUUACUGUAAACUCUCUGAUAAGCUGGGUCUACCUCCUAUUCUGGUUUAUGCAGACUGUGUCUUGGCAAACUGGAAGAAAAAGGAUCCCAGUGGGCCUAUGACUUACGAGAACAUGGACAUUCUGUUCUGGUUUCCUGGUGGAGACUGCAGUAAAGGAUUUUUCCUGGUUUCACUGUUGGUGGAGAUAGCAGCUGCUUCUGCAAUCAAAGUAAUUCCUGAUUUAUUCAGGGCAGUUAAAAAUGAGGACCGGAAUACUAUGCAAAAAGCACUGCGUUAUAUAGCUUCUUGUCUGCACCAAGCACGUAAAGAGUUUGAACAAAUUAAUGAAUAUGUGGACCCCAGCACAUUUUUCAAUGUUCUUCGCAUAUACUUGUCCGGCUGGAAAGGCAACUCCCAACUGCCAGAGGGUCUGAAGUACGAAGGUUUCUGGAACACUCCAAAGGCGUUUGCGGGGGGAAGUGCAGCCCAAAGUAGCAUCUUUCAGUGCUUUGACGUUCUGCUGGGCAUCCAGCAGAGUUCUGGUGAUGUUCCUUCAGAAUCUGCUGCCAGAUUCCUCCAGGAAAUGAGAAACUAUAUGCCACCAGCUCACCAGGAAUUUCUUCUCUCAUUAGAGUCAGGCCCCUCAGUCCGUGAAUUUGUUCUUUCAAAAGGUGAUGAUGAGCUGCAGGAAGAUUAUAAUGAGUGUGUGAAAGCUAUGGUGUCCCUGAGAAACUAUCAUCUGCAGAUGGUGACUAAGUACAUUGUGAUUCCUUCAAACCAGCAAGAAAAUAAAGGAACUGGAGGCACUAGUGUCAUGACUUUCCUGAGGAGUGUAAGAGGUACAACUAAGAACUUCCUGCUGAGAGAUAAUUAA